GCGGCGGAAGUGACGCUCCCGUUGCCGCGGCGAUCGAGCGCCCGGGGCUUGCGAGCGUGGGGCCGGCGCGGCGAUGCUUGCGGGCCGGGCCCCGCCGGGCGCUGCGGGCUGCCGCCGCCUCCUGGCGGCCGCUCUGGCGGCGGGGCUGCGGCCGCUGCUGUGCGGGCCGCCCUGCUGGGCCGCGGCGAGGCGGGCGGUGGGGCAGUGGCCGAGCCCGGGCCUGCGGAUACCGGAGGCGGCGGAGGCGGAGCGGCUGGUGCAGCAGCUGCAGCGGGUGCAGCGGGCCCGCCUGCCGCUCCGCCGCUUCAUCGCCUGCCCGCAGCUGGCGCGCACCGUGCAGCGCUGCCUGCAGGGCGGAGCCAGCCCCAGCCCCCAGCCCGUCCUGCUGGAGUGCGCGCCCGGUCCUGGAAUCUUGACCCGAACUCUGCUCAAUGCGGGUGUUAAAGUGGUAGCUCUAGAAAGUAACUCAGCUUUUCUUCCCAACUUACAGUCCCUAGAGAAUAGCCUGGAUGGACAAUUAAAGGUAAUUUACGGUGACUUCUUCAGACUGGAUCCUUUGGGGACUGGAACAGUGAAACCACCUGCUGUAUGUUCAGACAAACUUUUUGAAACCAUGGGUGUAGCAGCAGUUCCUUGGAGGGCUGAUGUACCUGUGAAAAUUUUUGGAAUCUUACCACAAAGAAGAGAAAGGAACAUGCUUUGGAGGCUUCUUUUUGCCCUAUAUGAAUGCAGUUCGAUAUACAGAUAUGGAAGAGUAGAACUCAACAUCUUUGUAAGUGAAAAAGAGUACAAGGUUUUAACAGCAAAGCCUGGAGAAGUGAAGGCUUACCAAGCACUUACUGUACUUUGGCAAGUAGGAUGUGAAAUUGAGUUACUGCACAAGGAACCUUGGUCGUCAUUUGCAACUAAUUUGAAAAGUGGGGGGCUGGCAGUACCAAAAAGCAGGUGGCUGCCAAAUGACCAUUUAUGUUUGGUACGACUGACUCCUCAGGAAAAUCUAUUUACAGGAGGCUUGAAGCCCACAAAUUCAUCUACCUUUAUUUUCAUGGUGAAACAGUGUCUUGCUAAACCCAAGUCUAGACUUACUGAUAGAUUAAAGUCAUGGAGCUUGGACAAUAGUGGCAAAUUACUGAGAGAGCUAGAAAUUCCAAAAAACGCUGAAACACGUAACUUAUACCCAGAAGACUAUAGGCGUCUUUUUGAGGCUUUGCAAAACUCUAGUGUGUUUACUGAAACCUGGUUCCAUGAUGAAGUCUUGGAAAGUAUAAGGAACAUAAACUUAUAAUUUUAAAGCUGCUGUCUUUUGGAAGAUCACCUUUGCUUCUGGAAGAUGACUUUGAUAAGAAAUGAUUUAAACGAAAUCGGAGAUAUUCUUAACUAGAUUUCCUGUCCAAACAGGAAAAUAAAUUUAGCAAGUAACAAGAGUCCUUCUUCAGAGAAUGAAACUCAUGGAUUCACAGUUAUUUUAUCACAAUCCUAUCUAGAAUGGACAAAUUUCACAUCUUUUCCAGGAGCAUGUUAGUGACCUUCUGCUUUUGGUUGUACCACUUAAAUGGAACUUUUUGUUACACUGCUGUAUGUUGACAACAUUUGAAAAAAAUAACUGACCAAAUAUCAUUAUUUGUGUGGUUUGUAUUUUAGAGCUCAGCAAUUUGAAUGCCCUUUCACAGGUUUCUCAGAUACACUGGUCUUUACAACCAUUAAAUGUGUUUUAUUGUCUCCUGAUAUAAAAACCUUGCAGUCUAAAGUCAACAUAAUAUUACUAAAUCAAUCCUUGUGGGUUAGAAGAAGACAAGCUUAUGACAGCAUGAUAAAACAUCAGCUCAGAUGUUGUUAACUAAAGUUUCCUGUAUUGCUGAUUGGAGAAAAAUGUUGUGACAAUUCUUUCUUUUGAGAUUUUGAAAAGAACACUGGGCACCAUGUUCUAGUUUACAGUAUGCAAACACCUAUAUGCAUUUAGGCACUGUCCUAUUUUAGGUCUAAACCCAAAGUAAUCAGAACAGUCAGCGUUGUAUAAACAUUUCAGUUAGGAAAGAAAAAUAUCUCACCUUCAACCUUUGUCAAUAUGUAUUUAUUUGAUACAUAUUACAUGUAAGUAAAACCUGACUUUAAAACCAUAUUCUAUUAAAAAGAUCUUUUUAGCCAUAGUCCUCCAUUAUGCAGCCUGUUCUGUUGUCUGAAUAGCACUGGCAGGCUAUUCCGGUUCUGUGUUCUAUAGUGUCUCCUCUGGGAAGAGCUGUGGCCAAAAAGAUGCUUUUUUAGCAGAGUUAUGAGUCAAUAAAAUGCAUUUUUGGUAAAGGCUGAGCUAUUUUCAGCCAUUGGAAAACAGCAGUGACCAAAACAAUGCAAACACAGAAUUGUAUUUAUAAACAGUGUGAGAUACAGAUGUGACAAGCAUUCAUCUCUCUUCCUUCUGCAGUUCCUGCUGCAGAAGGGAAAUUGACCUCAAGCAGCUGCAGUUCACUGCUAGUUAGGCUGCAGCUUUCUGUUUAAGCUGCUAAUAAUAAGCCUUUGUAAUGUUAUUAUGGUGAAACUGCUGGAAAGGCUGAGGUUUAAUUUGCAGUCUAUCUCAGGAUACUACUGCUGUGCAGGUGCAGGUCUUGAAGAUUUGAGGCUUGCUUUCUGUUUACAUCUCUCGUAUUUCUGACAACGUGCAUUAUAAAUUGACCGUGAGUGGCAAACUUGCACUAACAGAAGCAAACCCACAUAUUUUCAGUUUCAGUUGAUGGUAACCAUCUUAUCUUCUGGUCCAAAAGAAUGCAAGCAUCUCCUGGCCUAAUUUUUUUUCUCAAUCAGAUAUCAAAUAUCUUGCUCUUACUACAGCAAGAUGUCUUCUAUCAUCAUACUAGGGCAAGUGUUGAAUGCAUGGAAUAUAAGACCACCACUGUCUAUACAAACUUUAACUGUGUUGCUGAUAACGUUUCAAACACAAACUGAAAAUAAGAUAAUUACUUGCUGUGAUUUUUUUAAAUGCUUUUGGAAAACAGUAUUUACUGAGCCAAUGCAGAUACUCCCGAGAAAACAGCAGGAGUUUGUAAGUGGGAGGAAUAUUGUGGAACGGGGUACUUGAAAUGAGAUUUAGUGUGUUUAAGCCCUGAUCGCAAAUACGAAAUGAAGAAAAUAAUGGCUAUAAUUAUGAAAGUGGUUUUGAAAUUGGUAGAAGAGAUAGAGAAUGUGAAAAUUACUGGUGUACAUGAAUGAAUACAGGGAAGUGAAAUUGAAGUAAGUCCAUGGAUUCUUUGAUGCUAUCCACCCAGUACUUCCUACUGUUAGAGCUUUACAGUGUCAGUAGGAUAAUGCUAAAUGCAAACUUUAUCUGAAAUGCUAAGUUGUAUAUAGUGGCUUCUUGUUAGGAUUUUUAAUGAACCCUGUACUACUUGUUUUCCUUUUCUUUGCAUAUCUGCCUUUGCCAUAUUCCUCGAUAAGGUUAAUGGAAAAUUGAGCCAA